ACCGAACACCGCAGUACUCCUACGCCCUUCUCUCUCCGCUCUCCGCUCUCCGCCUGCCCUCGUCUUGCCUUCGCCUCUCCUCGCCGCUAUUGUUGUUGCUGUUUGCCCCAAAACAUCUCCUCACUGACGCCCACCAAAAAGUCCAAAAAUAUCCCGCGCAGCCGCCCGAAUUCCGUCGCCUGUGGCAGCUUUGCUUUACCCCCCGUCUUCCAUCCCCACCGCGCCGGCGCCGCAUUCGUGCCGUGCGGGUGCAGGACCGAUGGAUCCGCAAGGGCAGGCGCAGGCGGAGGCUGAUGCGGCGGCGGUGCUGGGCGCGGACCCGGCGGCGCUGACGGCGCUGCUGGAGGACCUCAUGUCCCCGGCCAACGAGGCGCGGUCGCGGGCGGAGCGGCUGUUCCACUCGCUCCGCGCCUCCCACCCGGACGCGCUCGCGCUCCGCCUAGCCCACGUGCUGCUCUCCCCGUCGCACCAAUCCGCGCCCAUGGCCGCCGUGCUCCUGCGCCGCCUCAUCUCCCCGGGCUCCCAGGCCUUCGUCUACCCCGCGCUCACCCCCGCCACGCAGUCCUCGCUCCGCGCGCUCCUCCUCUCCGCCUCCUCCGCCCCCGAGCUCUCCAAGUCCAUCUCGAAGAAGCUCUCCGACGCCGUCGCCGAGCUCGCCACCUUCCUGCUGCCGUCCAACUCGUGGCCCGAUCUCCUCACCUUUCUUUACAAAGCCAUCGCCUCCCCGUCCUCGCCUCCGGCACUUCAGGAGUCAGCGCUCAACACCUUAGCCCGGUUGGCUACCCACCUAGCCGCCGGCUUUCCCAACCUCCACGCGCUCCUUCUCUCCGCGCUCUCGCACCCUUCGUCCACUGAUGUCCGCGUCGCUGGGCUCAACGCCGCCAUCAGCGUCAUCCAAUCCCUCUCCUCUGCCGCAAACCGCGACCAGUUCCAGGACCUGCUCCCUGCAAUGAUGCGCGCCCUAGCCGAGUCGCUCAACUGUGGGAACGAGGGCUCCGCGCAGGAGGCACUGGAGAUGAUGAUUGAGCUCGCGGGUGCGGAGCCACGAUUCCUCCGUCGACAGCUGCCCGAUGUGGUCGCCUCCAUGCUGCAGAUCGCUGAGGCGCCUGGUUUGGAGGAUGGCACACGCCACCUUGCUGUUGAGUUUGUUGUUACGCUCGCCGAAGCACGAGAGCGUGCACCUGGGAUGAUGAGGAGGCUGCCGCGCUAUGUGGGCAGGCUCUUUGCGGUGGUCAUGACGAUGCUGCUUGAUGUCCAGGAUGAACCGGCAUGGUAUGCUGCAGUGACAGAGGAGGAGGAUGCUGGGGAAACAGGAAGCUUUGUUUUUGCACAGGAGUGUCUUGACCGGCUUGCAAUUGCUGUUGGCGGAAAUACGAUUUUGCCUGUGGCUGCAGAGUCGCUCCCGUCGUAUUUGGGUGCCGAAGAGUGGAAGAGACGGCACGCAGCACUGGUGACAAUAGCGCAGAUUGCAGAGGGCUGUGCUAAGGUGAUGAUUAAGAAUCUGGAUCAGGUAGUUGGGAUGGUGUUGAAUUCCUUCCAGGAUCCUCAUCCUCGGGUGAGGUGGGCAGCAAUCAAUGCAAUAGGGCAGCUUUCGACGGACCUGGGACCUGAGUUGCAAAACCAGUUGCACCAUGUCGUACUACCUGCAUUGGCUUCAGCCAUGGAUGAUUCAGAGAACCCACGCGUACAGGCACAUGCAGCCUCUGCAAUUUUAAACUUCAGCGAAAAUUGCAGACCUGAAAUUUUAACACCAUACUUGGACGUGAUAGUCGGGAAACUUCUAGUGUUGCUUCAGUCUAAGAGCCAGAUGGUGCAAGAAGGUGCUUUAACUGCUUUAGCAUCAGCCGCAGAUUCUUCUCAGGAACACUUUCAAAAAUAUUAUGAUGGAGUCAUGCCAUACCUCAAGGCUAUACUCAUGAAUGCAACUGAUAAAUCAAACAGAAUGUUGCGUGCCAAAUCCAUGGAAUGCAUUAGUUUAGUUGGUAUGGCUGUUGGUAAACAAAAAUUUAGGGAUGAUGCUAAGCAGGUGAUGGAAGUUUUGAUGACACUUCAAGGAUCUCAGAUGGAGUCUGAUGACCCUAUAACAAGUUACAUGCUACAAGCAUGGGCAAGACUUUGUAAAUGCCUUGGUCAGGAGUUCCUACCGUACAUGAGUGUCGUUAUGCCCCCUCUGCUACAGUCUGCUCAGCUUAAACCAGAUGUGAGCAUCACUUCUGCUGAAGGCGAGGAUGGUGAAUCUGAUGACGAGGGUGUCGAGACUAUUACCCUGGGGGAUAAAAGAAUUGGCAUCCGGACCAGUCUUCUGGAGGAGAAAGCAACAGCAUGUAGUAUGCUGUGUUGCUAUGCUGAUGAACUCAAGGAAGGUUUUUUCCCAUGGAUUGAUCAGGUUGCAACUACACUGGUACCUCUCCUCAAAUUCUAUUUCCAUGAUGAAGUUAGGAAGGCAGCUGUUUCAGCGAUGCCUGAGAUUCUACGUUCAGCAAAGUUGGCAGUAGAAAAGGGCCAAGCCCAAGGCCGGGAUAGUUCUUAUCUUAAGCAACUAUCUGAUUACAUAGUUCCAGCUCUUGUGGAGGCUAUACAUAAAGAACCUGAGACGCAAAUUCUCACUAGCAUGCUGGAGUCACUGAAUGAGUCGAUACAGAUAUCAGGAACACUUCUUGAUGAAGGCCAAGUUCGAUAUAUAGUAGGUGGAGUCAAAGAAGUAAUAACAGCAAGCACUAAUAGGAGGAGUGAACGAACAGAGAGGGCAAAAGCUGAAGACUUUGAUUCAGAAGAGGAUGAGCUACUAAGGGAGGAAAAUGAACAAGAGGAUGAAAUCUUUGAUCAAGUUGGUGAUUGUUUGGGUACUCUGGUCAAAACCUUCAAGACUUAUUUCCUUCCAUUCUUUGAUGAACUCUCCGCCUAUUUGACACCUAUGUUGGUGAAGCAUAAGUCAUCAGAAGAAAGAAGGGUUAUCAUAUGCAUUUUUGAUGAUGUUGCAGAACACUGUCGAGAAGCAGCGGUUAGGUACUAUGACACAUAUCUUCCUUCUCUGUUAGAAGCCUGCACAAGUGAAAACCCAGAUGUUAGACAGGCUGCAGUUUAUGGCAUUGGCAUUUGUGCUGAGUUUGGUGGUUCCGCAUUUAGGCCUCACACUGGGGAGGCACUGUCCAGAUUAUACAAUGUAAUCAAACAUCCUAAUGCAUUGGAUUUGGAUAAUGCAAUGGCAUAUGACAAUUCUGUUUCUGCCCUUGGAAAAAUAUGUCAGUUUCAUCGUGAUAGCAUUGAUGCAUCUCAGGUCAUUCCUGCUUGGUUAACUUGUCUGCCAUUAAAAAAUGACUUAAUUGAGGCCAAGAUUGUCCAUGAACAGAUGUGUGCAAUGCUUGAGAAGUCUGAUAGGGACCUUUUGGGUCAUAACAACCAAUAUCUACCAAAGAUUGUAUCUAUUUUUGCAGAGAUAUUAUGUGCGGGUAAGGAUCUGGCAACAGAACAAACUGCUAGCAGGAUAAUUAAUCUGCUAAGACAGCUUCAAACCACUUUGCCUCCCUCAGUACUGGCCUCGACAUGGUCUUCUCUUCAGCCACAGCAACAGCUUGCGCUACAAUCUGUAUUAACAUCAUAGCUGAUCAGAAUAACCUCAAUCUCGUUAAACAUAUGCCUUCACAGCUUACUUUUUUUUCUCGUGUUUUAUUCAUGUAAUUUUGUGCUUGGGUUCCUGGAGUUUGUGCAGCAUACAAAUGCCCUGAGCUUUUGUACCGAGGGCAAGGUUUGCAUCAGGUGUGUAUAUUAUUGCAAAAUGAUGUGUAUUAGGCUGCACUAUCUCCACAUUACCACAGUGAAGUUGUAAAGUUGCAUGUCUUAUUUGCUAGGUGAUGUUAGUUCGAUUGGAAAGAGUUGUAAAUUAACAGCCACAAUUUUGAUCGUUGAUGGUUGAUAUACCAUACUUUUUGUUUGAA